ACAACCGGAGUGGGCUGUAGAGUUUAUUGAACGUCUUUGCUUUAAUCCACAUUUUCAGCAGCAACGCUCGAGUGGAGGCCACGUGUUUGCAGACGGACCGGGACCAGAACCAGGAGAUGGACCAGAACCAGAACCAGAACCAGAACCAGAACCAGGACUCCUCAUCCAGCAGGACUAAAGCUGCUGGUCUGCAGAAUCCUAAAGGAAGACCCAAAAGAUACAGCUGUGAUCGUUGCAAGCAAGUCUUCACCACUUCAUCAAACCUGAAGAGGCAUAAGAAAACUCACACUGGUGAUAAACCAUACAGCUGUGGUCACUGCGGGAUGGCUUUUACCCGACAAUUUAAUCUAAUAAACCACCAACGUAUUCACACUGGAGGAGACAAGCCUUACAGGUGUGAUCAGUGUGGAACGACUUUUGCCCAACAAGGUUCUCUAAGGAAACAUCAACGUAUUCACACUGGAGAGAAGCCUUACAGGUGUGAUCAGUGUGGAGCGGCUUUUGCCCAGCAAGGUUCUCUAACGAGUCACCAACGUAUUCACACUGGAGAUAAGCCUUACAGGUGUGAUCAGUGUGGAGCGGCUUUUGCCCAUCAAGGUGCUUUAAGGAGUCACCAACGUAUUCACACUGGAGAAAAGCCUUACAGAUGUGGUCAGUGUGGAGCGGCUUUUGCCCGGGAAAGUCAUCUAACGACUCACCAACGCAUUCACACUGGAUUCAAGCCUUACAGAUGUGGUCAGUGUGGAGCGGCUUUUGCCGAGCAAGGUGUGCUUACGAGACAUCAACGUAUUCACACUGGAGAAAAGCCUUACAGGUGUGAUCAGUGUGGAGCGGCUUUUGCCCGACAUGGUUCGCUAACGAGACACCAACGUAUUCACACUGGAGAGAAGCCUUACAGGUGUGAUCAGUGUGGAGCGGCUUUUGCCCGACAUGGUUCUCUAACGAGACAUCAACGUAUUCACACUGGAUUCAAGCCUUACAGGUGUGAUCAGUGUGGAGCGGCUUUUGCCGAGCAAGGUGAUCUAACGAGACAUCAACGUAUUCACACUGGAGAAAAGCCUUACAGGUGUGAUCAGUGUGGAGCGGCUUUUACCAAUCCAAGUCACCUAGCGGCUCACCAACGCAUUCACACUAGAGACACUAGUGUGAUCAGUGUGGAGUACGUUUUGCCACAUCAAGUCAUCUAAGGAGUCACCAACGUAUUCACAAUGGAUAAAAAAUGUACAUUUGUUGAUCAUUGCUGAUUUAUUUUAACAUCGGUUAAAUUCUAAUGCAACAGCAGUUCAGUACCAGUGCAGUACACUUGUAAUGUCAGUGCAAUACCGGUUCAGUUCCAAUGCAGUACCAUUUCUGUACUUGUUAGGGUUUGACAUUUCAUGUUGACAUUUCCUGUUUUAUUUUGAAGCCCAUGUCCUUGUGUUUAAGUUCUUGUCUGACCUUCCUGUUUCCAUCUGCCCUGAUCGUCUGUACCUGUGUCUCGUUAACCUUUGUGUAUAUCUGGUCUUGUCUUUCCCCUGCUCCUUGCUGGUCCGUACUGUUUUGCCCUCCAUGUUUUUCCCAUCAGGUUUUGUCAUAGUUUUGGAUUCUUGUUCACAGUUUGGUUUUUGUAUCCUGCUUAACAGCGUUUUUGGUUCUGUUUUUAAGUUAAUAAAUCACAGUUUUUUGGAACUCCUGCCUCCUGCUCUCCUGCAUCUGGGUCCUCACUACAACCUCCUGACAGUACCAGUGCAACCCCAGUUUUACACCA